AUGGAAGAAUAUUGCAAUAAGCAAGAGAUGGACCGUAUUGAAGAAGAGUUCCGAACCUUAAAGAAAGAAAAUUUGUCGAUGAGAGACUACACUCGACUCUUUAUGGAAAAGUUAAAUUUAGUGGGGCACGUGGCCCCAACAGAGAAGGAAAGAAUGAAAGCCUACCUUAAAGGGUUGCCUGCUGACAUGAUGAUGAUGGUCAGGAACUCCAUAGCCUCCACUCUUAGGGAGACGAUCGAAGAGGCAAAAGUCAUGAAAUCAGUCUAUGCUAAAGGGAAAGAAGAGAAAGCGACAAGUAGUGAGAAGAGGAAGUGGGAAGGCCAUCAUGCACAUUCCAAGAGGCCAAGCCACCCCAACGGCAAUAAUCGCGAAACUUAUCCUAGAAAUGAAACUAGGUGGUGUCCCAAGUGCCGCAGCAGACAUCACGGCCCGUGCAUUACCAACCCUAUCCCCGUGAAAUGCUUUAAGUGCGGAAAGGCAGGCCACACGCGAAAUGAUUGUCCAAUCAAGGGACCCAUUUGUUUCGGGUGCGGAGAGUCGGGUCACUUCAAGAACGAUUGCCAAAAGUUGAAAGCAGGAGGGAGUCAAGGAAGGAAGGAGAGCACCACAAAAGCGACCGGUCGAGCCUUUCAGAUGUCAAUAGAAGAAGCUAAGGCAUCAACGGAUGUAGUGUCAGGUACGUUCCUUAUUAACUCCGUACCUGCGCACGUACUUUUUGAUUCAGGUGCUACAUGUUCCUUUGUGUCCACUACAUUCCAUCAACACUUGCACACGCCCCCUACUACCCUAGAAGAUGCUUUGAUCAUAGAGAUAGCAAAUGGUAGUCAAGUUUUGGUGUGUGAGAUUGUUAGAGAUUGCGUGUUGGGAAUUGAAGGGAAGGAAUUUCGAGUAGAUCUCAUACCCAUGGCUAUAGGCGGAUUCGAUGUCAUAAUUGGGAUGGACUGGCUGGUGGAGAACCAAGCGGAGAUAUUAUGCUCUAAAAAGGUGAUACGAAUCUCUUUACCGGACGGGGACACAGUGCUAAUUUACGGAGAAGGAAGAAAAGGGAAUGUAGUACUCCUAUCCACGGCAAAGGCGCGUAAGUGUCUAGCUAAGGGAUGCUCCUCAUUUAUUGCAUUCGUGUUAGAUACCAAACUUGAGGAAAGAAGAAUCGAAGAUGUGAAUGUGGUUAAUGAAUUUCUCGACGUAUUUCCUGAGGACUUACCCAGUUUACCACCCAUUAGGCAAGUGGAAUUCCAAAUCGACCUUAUCCCGGGAACAGCUCCAAUUGCUAGAGCCCCUUACCGUUUGGCGCCAUCCGAGAUGCAAGAGUUGAUGUCUCGUUGCAAGAUCUUCUUGAGAAAGGAUUUAUUAGACCGAGUUCGUCACCAUGGGGAGCUCCAGUCUUAUUUGUAA